AUGCAUGACACCACUAGCUUGCAAACACUCCUUCUGAGCUGUAUCCAAGAUAAGGUUGAAGAGUGCUUCAGAUACUGUCCCUGUCUAUGGCAGAUCCGUGUGGUACAAGCCCUCCUCAAGAACGACAAUGACAUUGUUUCCAUCUUGGCAACAGGCUCUGGGAAGAGCCUGACUUUCUGGAUGCCACUCCUCUUUAGUGCUUGGAAAUCUGGUUUUUUGGUUUUUCAACCCUUUUUUUGA